AUGUUGGCCCUCAAUAAUACCAAUGCUCAACCUCUGACCUUCAUCCUGACGGGUAUCCCGGGCCUGAGAGCAGCCCAGGUUUGGAUCUCCAUCCCUUUUUGUCUCCUGUAUGUCAUUGCCCUCUCUGGGAACAGCAUGAUCCUAUUUGUGGUCCUCUGUGAGCCGAACCUCCAUGAACCCAUGUGUUAUUUCCUCUCUAUGCUUUCAGCCACAGACCUGAGCUUAUCCCUAUGCACACUUUUCACUACCCUUGAUGUCUUCUGGUUUGAAGCCUGAGAAAUCGCCUUAAAUGCCUGCAUUGCCCAGAUGUUCUUUCUCCAUGGAUUUACUUUCAUGGAGUCUGGGGUCCUGCUGGUCGUGGCCUUUGAUCAUUUUAUAGCCAUCUGUGAUGCAUUGAGAUACACCACCAUUCUCACCAAUGCCAGGAUUGCCCGGAUUGGAAUGAGCAUCUUGAUAAGAAACAUUGCUGUCAUGUUACCAGUGGUGCUCUUUGUUAAGAGGCUGUCCUUCUGCAGUGCUGUGGUCCUUUCCCAUUCUUAUUGCUACCAUGUUGAUCUCAUUCGACUCUCAUGCACAGACAACAGAAUCAACAACAUCUUCGGUCUGUUUGCAAUUUUCUCCACAACUGGGUUUGAUUGCCCUUGCAUCUUGCUCUCCUAUGUACUGAUCAUCCAAUCUGUUAUCAGCAUUGCCUCCUCAGAGGGGCGGCAAAAAGCCUUCAAUACCUGCAUAUCCCACAUUAGUGCUGUUGCCAUCUUCUACAUCCCCCUCAUCAGCUUGUCGUUUGUCCAUCGCUAUGGCCAUUCAGCACCUCCAUUUGUCCAUACCAUCAUGGCCAAUGUCUUCAUCCCUCCUGUGCUCAACCCUAUCAUCUACAGUGUGAAGACUAAGUAGAUUCGAAAGGCUAUUAUCAAGGUCUUAAUUCAGAAGCAGCAACAAAUCUAA